AUGUCUUUUGGUGCGAAACCGGUGAGCGAUGGCAUGAGCGAAAAGGUUGGUUUGGCUAGUGCACAACGACAGGAUCAGGAGGACCCGUGCAAAACCAAAUCGAAGGUUGUCGGUGACGUGACGUACUGCGAUCGCUACUGGGAGUGCAUCAACAACCAGCCGGAGCUGUACGAUUGUCCCAACGGGUUGGUGUUUGCCGGAAAGCACCGUGGCGUGACCGAGGGAUGCGAUUACCCGUGGCGAUCGAACUACUGCGAGGGCAAGCAGUUAGCAAACGGUCCCAUAUCGACGGAGCACUGCGACUGGCUGUACGGUAUCUUCGGACACGAGACGUCCUGCACGCGAUACUGGACCUGCUGGAAUGGUACCGCCACGGAGCAGCUCUGCAUCGGUGGACUGCUGUACAACGAGAACGCCCACAGCUGCGACUGGCCGGAGAACGUUGAUGGAUGCCAAAAGCACCCCCUCUGCAACGAUGACGCCAACGGAAAUGUACCGCUGGGCAAGUCGUGCAAUCGCUACUGGCAGUGCCAGGGUGGUUACCCGCGGCUCCAGCGCUGCCCCGCCAUGCUCGUGUUCGACCGCCGCAGUCUCCGCUGCGUCGUGCCACCGACCGAGGAUUGCGACGUGCCCACCACCCCGCUGCCCGAGUACGAGCCGGAGCAACCGCAGGGCAAGGGAAAUCCGAAUGCAAUUCACCAAUCGUCCGGCACUGGCGGUCUACAGGGCGGCAAGCUGCAGUCCGGAGGACGAAACAAGAACUAA